GCGUGUCGCUAUGCUUAUGACCCCUCUCUUUAUUAAGCUUAUUCACAUCCACAAAUAAUGGGCUUGUCUUGUGAUGUUUUCAACUCUCGUUUGCAUUAACGAGCCAUCUCUUUCUUCUAGUUUUCCUGUCCGGAUCAGCUUUAUUGUCGUCCAUAGCAACGCUGUGUCAAUAAUCAGUCAGGUGAUUGGCUGGAUUUACUUUCUGGCCUGGUCAGUGUCCUUCUAUCCACAAGUCUGGGAGAACUGGAGAAGGAAAAGUGUUAUAGGUCUCAACUUUGACUUCCUGGCUCUCAACCUGACUGGCUUCAUCGCUUACAGUGUCUUCAAUUUAGGGCUGUUCUGGGUGCCUUAUAUAAAGGAGGAGUUCCUGAAGAGGAACCCACAUGGUAACCCUGUCAAUGCUAACGAUGUCUUCUUCAGUCUCCAUGCUGUCCUGCUCUGUUUGAUCUACAUUAUCCAGGCUGCAAUGUAUGAGAGGGGCGGUCAAAGGGUCUCUUGGAUGGCCUUGUUCUUGUUGAUCAUUGGCUGGACAUUUGCCUUGAUCAGCUUAUUCCUUGCGGUAGCCAAACAGAUCACCUGGUUGGAUUACCUUUACUAUUUCUCCUAUAUUAAACUAGCAGUCACUCUGAUCAAAUACGUGCCGCAGGCGUACAUGAACUACAGAAGGAAGAGCACUGAGGGGUGGAGUAUCGGCAACGUGUUGCUGGACUUCACUGGUGGAGUCCUCAGUAUUCUGCAGAUGAUCUUGCAGUCUUACAAUAAUGUGGGGCUGAUAUUUGGUGAUCCUACAAAGUUUGGUCUUGGUCUGUUCUCUGUGGUGUUUGACAUCCUCUUCAUCACUCAACACUACUGCCUCUACCAAAAGCCACCACAGUACGAAGUAAUUUCAGAGCAACGGGAAGACUGACGCUGAUCAGUGCAGUGUGGGUGAAACUUAACAAACACACGGGUACGCACGAUUGAUUACAUCGUCAGUUGUCACCUGAUUGACCAAGAAAUUGAAGCUGCUGAGGAGAGGUUAUGGUUGCCAUCACCUACACCAGUGAUUCAUCCAGUUCAGCACUUUUUUUUUUUUACCACUGUAUGAAAAUUUUGAUUGAUAAAAUGGAUGAGAAAGAUUGAUCUAAUGCUGUCACACGUUUUUUUUAUUUUUUUUUUAUUAAAUACAACGUCACAGAGCAAGAGAAGUCUAAGAUUUGUGAGAGAAAGUGUCUCUGUUACAUUAUUUGUCCACCAGAGUUUCCAAGUUUACCUUUCUAAUGUGUAUAGAGUUAAUCUGGUGAUCUUCUCUGGCUUAUUGACCAAUAUGCAUAAUGCAGCUUUUCACAUUUAGUAUAAAAAUAUAAAGAAAGAGAGAAAAAGAAAUUGCAACAUAAAAUAAAUUAAAUAAAGUUAUUAGUAUAAUAUUAUAGGCUCUUUCUGUGCACUUCAGAAACACCUAGAAGCAGCAGGUACAGUCGUCUCCAUGCACCAUCACCCACUCAGACUCCAUUACUGAAGACGAGGUACGUUGAAGUCUGCUACACAGCAUUGUAGCAUCAUAUCAGGUUGUGGAUACACAAAGUUGCUAGAAGGAUCACUUCAUUGCUCAUUUGUUGAUAUUAAGGAAAGUAUACAAUCUGACCGGACUGAUCCAGAACCACCAGAGUUCAAUCAGCUGACAUGUCUCGUGUGUUUCUUUUCCUCUUCAAAUCAUCAUUGUUCAGUUCAGAGGGAAACCGUUCUAAUGAACGGCCCUCACCAUUGAACAGUGGCUGUGUGGUGCACAUUUAUAGGUGUGGGAGAGCUGCUGUGGGGGCAGGUGGGACCAAAACCAGAACCAGAAGUGUUUUGUUCUGAAAAAAA